AUGAAAAUUUUCUCAAAAGUUCACGAGGAAGAUGAUGAAGAUCUCUAUGAAGAUGUACAAUUUUUGAACGAAAUAGACUUCACAAGGAUCAGUGAUGAUAUCCUUACAAAUAUUGAGCUUGAUCUUGAUGAUGAAGAAUUUGGUCCUCUUCCAGGAUUUGCCAGGAGCUGCCUCAAUAAAGUCAAUGAAGUUGCUUCUUCGGCAACCAAGACUAGGGAACAAGGAAAUGUUCUCAAAAGUUUUCUCUCCACAUCCAAGCCCAUGGAGGUUGCUUCAAGUCAAGGAGAUGUGAACUCAGAUAUUCCUCCCUCUAUUUCAACUAUCUCAACAUCUGCUCCGCUUGUUUCUGAAUCAACUCAGCCCCAAACCUCUCAAUCCUAUUUAGAAAGAAGUCAAUCAGUUACGAGUCUGGAGGUACCCAUUGUGAGCAAUGCACCUCAAUUCUUCUCCAUUUUCACUGCUACUACUGCUUACACUCCACCAACACAAACUGAUGACGACCCUAGUACUAUGUUUCAGACAGGUUGCUCAUCAUCUAUCCCAUAA